CCUAGCCCGCAGGUAGUGUUCUUGGCGAUGGCACUGGAGCUCGACGGUGCCACCGGCAGCGAUGAGAGCGCGAUUCAGCAGCAGGAUAGAUCUUUCUCCAGGGAAUCGCUGCCGCCGAUGUUUGUGAUCGUGUAUUUCCACAAGGCUAUUCGUCUGGAGCUGGAGCGCAUCCACGAGACGGCAAUGUCGAUGGAUAGGAGCAGCGGGCAGGAUUUUAGAUCCCUGGCGGAGAGGUACAAUUUCUUGAGAGAAAUCUACGAGCACCACAGCCAGGCGGAAGAUGAGGUGAUUCUUCCGGCUCUAGAAUCUCGCGUCAAGAACGUCGCGCGCUCGUAUUGCUUGGAGCAUGUUGUGGAGAACGAUCUACUCAACGAAAUGUCCCAGCUUCUCUCCACACAUUUGGGGGAUCAAACCGAUUCGUCAUGGCAGGAAAUCAUCUCUUGCACGGAAGCAGUGCAAAGAACAGUAUGCCAGCACCUUUCGAAAGAAGAAGGCCAGGUCAUUCCGCUGCUCAUGCAGUACUAUAAUCGCGAAGAACAAGCUAGCCUUGUCUGGCAGUUUAUGGGCAAUAUUCCUGUGAAGCUCAUGGAGAUCUUUCUUCCGUGGCUUGCUUCCUCCUUGACUUUGGAAGAAUGUAAACACAUGGAACUUUGCUUUCGGGAAAUCGUUCCAGCAGAAGAGCUUCUACAGGAGGUAAUUACUGAAUGGUUUAAACGGGACCACAGUAAAUUCAGGCUGGGGGCCAACAGAGCUCCAAAGACCACUCCAAAACCUGCGAAGCAAGCUGGAACCGACGUCCGGUUUAUCACGCGAUCGCCACUCAACGAUUUACUUCACUGGCAUCAGGCUAUAAAGCGCGAACUUCUUAACAUAACUGAGGAGAUCAAGGAUUUGACGUCACUGGCAACCUUGAGCGAGCGAAUGGAGUUUGUAAGUAAAGUAUGGAGUUUUCACAGUGCAGCUGAGGAUAAGUUCGUGUUUCCUCCAAUUGGCAAGAAACUUGAUCAUGCUGUACAAGACGAAGUGUGCAGUGAGGCUUUGAGAGUACUUGAAAAUACUCUUAAAAACAACUGCAGCUCAACUGCUGUCAUCACCCAGGCUGAGCUUUUACUUGAUGCUGUUGAAGCACAUUUCUCUAUUGAAGAAACUGAGUUCUUACCUCUUGCAAGUAAGCUUUUCAGCAUUGACGAGCAGCGAACGUUGGUUUAUGAAAGCCUCAAAACCAUGCCUUUGGUUUUCUUGAGGCGAGUCCUUCCAUGGAUUGUUAACUGCGUUACUGCCAAGGAGGCGAAAGAUAUGCUUGUUAACAUAAGACUGGCAGCACCUCAGGGUGACAGCAUCCUGGUUGCUCUGCUGACGGGGUGGGCUUGCGAAAACCAUUCGCAUGUUUGGGAUCUCUUAAAAAAUGAGAGCCUAAAGGUUUCAGGAAAAAGGAGCUGUCAGUUGGCAGCCGACAGGCCUUCGAAGCUUUUCCGGAGUGAAUUGAGUCUGUUGUCCAAGUCACUGCAGCUGGAGCCUGAUUUGAAAGGAAGCAAGCGGUCCACAGGGAAGCAGCAACUGAAACCAAUCGACCAGAUUUUCCAGUUUCACAAGGCAAUAAGAAAAGACCUGGAGUAUUUGGACGUAGAAUCAGCGCGACUCUUGGACUGCACCGACGAGUUCCUGGGACAGUUUAGAGGAAGGUUCUACUUCUUAUGGGGCCUGUAUCGUGCUCACAGCAGUGCCGAAGACACCAUUGUCUUCCCGGCACUGGAGGCAAAGGAGGCUCUACUCAACGUCAGCCACUCUUACAUGAUAGAUCACAGGCAGGAAGAGGAUCUCUUCAACGAGAUUUCAGCGAUUUUGUCAACAUUUUCGAGCCUUGUCACCCAAUCUCAGGAGAAAACAGAAGGGGAUGAAGCACACCAACACUUUCUUGCUGCAAAGCUGCAGCGCAUGUGCAAGUCCAUGCGCAUUUGCCUCGGGAAGCACGUUGACAGGGAAGAGUCCGAGCUCUGGCCACUUUUCGACAAACACUUCUCAGUCCAAGAGCAAGACAAAGUGAUGGCCAGGAUAAUAGGAUCGACUGGUGCAGAAGUUAUCCAAGCCAUGCUACCGUGGGUGACAGCCGUUUUGACCGAAGAAGAGCGUAACUCGAUGAUGGAAACAUGGGAACAGGCAACUCGAAACACUUUGUUUCAAGAUUGGUUGAGUGCCUGGUGGACGGCGCCGUCGACGUCGCGCCAACGACCUACAAAAGAGACUUCUGUAUCUACAAAAGACUGCCUACAGUCUUUGGUCGAGUACUUUUCUGAAGGAAAGGAUACAGGUGGUGACACUCGUGAUGACUCUGAAACGUUCAAGCCGGGUUGGCCUGAAAUUUUCAGGCUCAACCAGGAAGAACUGGAGGCCGCAGUUCGAAAGCUAUCUACUGAUGCGUCACUAGAUCCUCGCCGCAAAGCUUACCUCAUGCAGAACCUGAUGACAUGCCGUUGGAUGGUUGCUCAGCAAAAGCUUCGCGAUCAGCGAUUGACGGAUUCGGAACCGGCUCCAAGCUAUGCUGACGAAGAAAACAAAGUUUUUGGCUGCAAGCACUACCGUAGGAACUGCAAACUUCGGGCUGCCUGUUGUGGUAGCUUGUUCACUUGCAGGCUUUGCCACGAUGAAGCCAGUGACCAUACAAUGGACAGGUACCAGACCUCAGAGAUGCUGUGCAUGCAGUGUCUAAAGGUUCAGCCUGUUGGGCCAAACUGCACCACACCGUCGUGCAAUCGUUUCUGCAUGGCGCGGUAUUACUGCCCCAUCUGCAAGUUUUUCGACGACGACUCGAAAAGGAGCAUUUAUCAUUGUCCUUUCUGCAACAUUUGCAGAGUGGGAUCUGGUUUAGGCCAGGAGUUUUUCCAUUGCUUGGUAUGCAACGGAUGCAUGUCCAAGACUCUGGAGCAGAGCCACAUCUGCAGGGAGAAAGGAACAGAAACGGACUGUCCUAUCUGCUGCGAGCAGAUUUUUUCGUCGGUGCCCGACGUGAAGAGCCUUCCAUGCGGGCAUUAUAUGCAUUCGUCAUGCUUUUUGGCCUACAGCAGCAACCAUUAUACGUGCCCGAUAUGCUGCAAGACAUUGGGCGACAUGGGACUAUAUUUUGGCUUGUUGGAUGCUCUCAUGGAGGCAGAGCAACUUCCCGAGGAGUACCGUGGCCGCAAAGAGACUAUCUUUUGCAACGAUUGCGAGCGGAAGGGAGAGGCCCAAUUUCAUUGGCUUUACCACAAGUGUGGCGCAUGCGGCUCGUUCAACACGAAGACUAUAUAAACUUUCCUUUUUGUAUCGACGUGCAGAAGAAUUUGACUUUCCUCGAGUUUUCGGUCAAGUCAGCAUGAACAUGUAAGCCGGCCCUGGUAACGAGGGAAGAUGUGAAGAAGCAGGAGACGGAAGCUCGGAGGGUGUUUCUGGAGGAAGCUCUCCUCGCAAUAUAUCCAAGGGCGGGGCGCUAUCUUGCGACCAGAUGCUCGAGUGCUGCAAUGAGUUCCACAGGGGGGCCGCCGGGCGAUUUCUCUCCAAACAGCUCCGCGAGGAUCAAUGCCACAAUUGGCAUAGCGGCAUUCGUGGUGA